AUGAUCUCCAAACUUACGUCUUUUGAAACCAUAGAUGAGCGCUCAUUCGAGCGCCCAGAUGAAUUCAUUCCGGAGCGAUGGACUGAAUGUCCCGAGCUUGUCAAAGAUCGAUCUGUCUUCAUCCCCUUUCUCAUCGGCCCAAAUGCUUGUGUGGGCAAACGACUCGCUAUGAUGGAGAUCAGACAUGUGGUUGCAGAAAUACUCCGACGAUAUGACGUCUCGUUAGCGCCUGAUCAGACCGAAGAAAGCUUUAUCAACGGAAAAGUAGACACAUUCACACUGUCUGCUGCACCUCUAUUUUUGCAAUUAACAAAGAGAAAUGAAUAA